UAUUCAUUGACGAAUAACAUUCACCUGUCAUCUAAGACGUCAAUUCUUAAGGUAUCAUUGGAUUUUCCACAAUAUCUAUCUGAAUAAGUUACAACGAAAGUUCUUCUAAUAAAAACUCAAGUUUAGAAGCGAUAUCAAUAUGGAAAACGUCACUUUAAUGUCUUUGAACCAAAUGUGUGAUCUUGCUCUUGGUUUGGUAAACCCUGGUGUGAUUCAUUUCGAUAUUCUGCAUCAAAUACUGCGUACCAUAAUCCAACAGUGUAACCUUAUCGAUGUCAAGAUUAAAAUGCAAGGGGAAAAGAGCCUGGAAAUGCAAAAAUUCACUUCGUCUAAUAAAAGACAAAGUCAGGUGACUUUGCCAUCUGUGAAACAAAUGGCUAUUGCUCCUUUUCCUGGUAGUAUCGAACCUUCGGUCCAUGAACCAUCAUUGUCCACACAGAAAUCUGUGGGAGAAACCCCGAGUCAUAAGCUUGAUGAGAAGUCUUCAAGUAUAAAAGAAGCGAACGUUAUCGUCUUAGACCAUGCGGACAAUAAACCAUUAGAACACACAGUUUCUAUCAGUGUGGAACAAAUGCAAUGGAUAAUCGACUCAAUUGAACAACUUCGUCGGCAGGUACAUGAAAUCAAAUAUCUACCUGCUAAUAUGGACAUCAUUGGAUCGUUAAGAGAAUCUGCUGCGCCAACAAUGAGUGGAAGUUCGUCGGUUGCCCAAAAGCCAGCUAGAAGCAUGAGCGACACGCCAAUAGCAGAUAUGGUUCAGAAUUUAUCGCUGAUGAAAAGAUUGGAUGCUGUAGAGGAAGCGAUGGCGAAAUUGGCAAGCCUGGUCGAAGACUUAGGUCGAGAUUGUGCUGUAGGUUCUAAGGAACGCCUUUUGGAUGUUGGAAGUCUGUCUGACUUACGAGGGAUGUCCAUAACCGCCUUAGGAAACAAAAAUGCAUUAGAAUUACUCACAAAGGAAGUGAAUGCUUUGAAACUUUUGUUACAUGGGGAAGAAAAUGCUGCUGGACCAGCUGAAGCAAAUUUGCACAAUAAAGUUGCUACAAUAGAGGUGAGAGUUAAGCAAAUCAUGGACCAGGUUGAAGUGCUUGAUCGCAUGACAUCGGAGCAAAUCGGUAAUUUGUUUGGGCAGUGUGCAGGUCUAGAAGAUGCUAUGUCCGGUCUAAAUAAAAGAGUAGUGGAUACUGUAUCGGACCAGAAAGGUCCCAUGGAAAUACUGAACGAAAAAUUCAAACAUGUCAGACAUGAGGUAGAGAAAUUCAAGAGUGAUCAACAAAAAUUACUAGAUGCUUUUGAACGAAAAGAAAUGGAAAUGAGUGUUCUGAUGGAACAGGUAGAAGUCCUGAAAACUAUCGCAGUGACUCAAGAUGAUUUCGAGCAUGCUCUCGAGAAGAAACUAGAUGCUGAACUAAUCAUUGGUAAAGUGUCUGAGGAGAAGUUCGACAAAACAUAUGAUGAACUGAAAAUCAAUCUUGACGAUGCUAUAGCAAGACUAACUACUCAGGAAGAUUUGUGGCAGAAAGCAUUGAUAGAAUUACAAAAUGAAAUGGUUUCGAAAUUGGAAAAGAACGAAUUGAUAGCUCUACAAGAUUUCGUACAAAAUAAACUAAAGAUUCUAAGGAACAAGGUACGCUCUAUGAAAAUGUAUCAGAAUGAGCAGGAAGCAGCAGCUACUAAGCAAAUGCUUUUGAGGAACGUCAAAUGUCUUUCUUGUGACGCAGAUGUGGCGAUGAAGGUAAAACAUAGCCCAAGAGACUUUCCCUUAUCGCCCACACUUCCACCGUCAAGAACAAUAGCUCCAUACCUGGCCUACGAAUUGGACGUCAUCAGAAAACAGCAAAGAGGACAGGCUCACAGCAGGAACAUGCAUCACUUCGAGGCUUCGGUUCGCAAUAAGGAGGACAGAGUGGAGAAUCGUUACUGCGGCGGUCCUCACACCGUUACGACGCCGGUACAAAGGGUGACACGAAUGGGAAACUUCAUGGAACAAUGGGGCCCAGAGAUGGCGUCGGUUAAUGAGAAAUUCAUUAAGGGCACGGACCAAAAGAUUUAUAUUGGGUGCAUAGCAGAACCAAUAAGGCCCAUCAAGAAGCAAUCUGCAAUCCUAGUGGAAGGAGAUAUUGUGAGAGAUAGAAAAAGUAUGCAUGACGUUGCAACUCAUUUCCCUGAAAGAGAUUCAUUUGUUUCGAAAGGUGAAUCUGAAAGAAAAUCUAAAGGAACUUCAAUGACCUCAGAUCUCAGAAGACAAUCGUCAGGCAGCAAUAAAAUGAAAACUCCAACCAAGAAGAGUUCAGGAGAUAGAAAACCGAACACCCCGGUAGAAAGUGCAGUAGGUUUUGUAGAUGCAAAUCCAGAUAAUUCCAGCGCUCCAUAAUAUAAUUUAUUUGUUUUAUGUUUGUCAAGUUUUCAAAUCAUUUUAUGUUUAUUUUUAUACUACAAUAAGUAUUAUGUGAUCAUGUGUGAAAAUAUAUGUUGUUUCUAUAACCA